AUGAACCUAGACUAUGAUGUCGGUGACGAAGCAGGUUUUCUGGUUGAAUCACAUCCUCAGGAUCCUGUGACAACACCGCGGUGGAAGGGUUCAUUGGCUACCCGUGUGGCAGCUGCAACAGUCCUGGCAUUGGCUGCUCUGAACUUGGGCAGACACAUGUUGACGCAGGCUGAAGUGAAAGAUGCAAUCGCUGAAACCUCGGAGAUGAUGAAGUGCCUCCCGUGUCAUGAGAAAGAGUGCACCCUUGGGAACAACCAGUGGACAAAGUGUCCAGAAGAUCGGCCCUACUUCUCAGAAGGGCAUUGCAAAUGCGUCAAAUCCGAGGUAUGCGACGAUCUCUCGCCUCGCGCUGUGGGGUGCAUGUUGUGCCAAAACUGCUUUGACACUGCCUGCCACAUUGGCGCAGAGUAUGUGAGAUGCGAGAAAGAGACCCCCUUCUACGAUCCUACAACUCUCGCUUGCCAGGCAAGUUGCGAAGAUUCAAGUACUCCACAAUUCGCAGCGCUGCCGUUAAAGCCUCCAACAGUUGUACCCUUUCUUUGUCCCAGAAAUACGUACGGAAAGUGCAGAGUCUUCAAAUGUCAUAGCGACCGCGGUCCAACCGACUGCCUCUCUGGGGAGUGCAUGUGUCAGUUUGGUCAUUGCGCAACGAGGGGUACAUGUGUCAAAGAGGCAGAGUAUGACAAAGCAGAGCAUCUCUGUCAACACAAUACGUUCACAUCGUGCAAGAUGUGGAAUUGCCCUUCAUCGUUGGGGGAGACGAAGUGCGAUGGAUUUUUCGGUGGAUUCGGCACCUACAACUGCCUGUGCAAGGAGGACUCUUGCUAUGACGCCAUGAAGGUGCAUCGAAUUUGGGCACAGGAGGGUGCAAGGGCGUUGUGGCGCGGUCUCGGAACCUCCUUGUGGUUGGUGACAAAUCCGGUCAUCCAAUUCUUUGCUUACGAUUUCCUGAAAGCCCUCUAUGUGCAUGCUGCAGAGAUUUCUGCGGCAGAGGCAUUCUUUAUCGGCGCCAUUGCAAAGGCCUUGGCGACACUCUUAACAUUCCCGUUGCAGGUGGCACAAAGUCGACUGCGGGCAUGUGGCGGAGGUGUUGGAAUGGUGCCGGACCCUAGCAUAGCUCUUUGGCUUCUGCAAGAGGCAGCUGCCGACCUGAGUCAAGAGAGCCUGGCACGUGAUGAUGAAUGCAUGGGAGCGAGUUGCGCUGCAAAUGCGUUGCAACUGCAAGGAGCUGCACUCAGCACGAACUGGCUAGCAGAGGAGGAUCCCAAGAACAACAGUGUGGGAGGUUGUGCGGAUUGCAUGAUGUCCAACUCUGAAGGAAUAGAUGACGCCAUGCUGGGUGCGGGACCAAGAAUAUGGCACUACGCUCAAAAUUGCUGGAGACCGUGCGGAAGCAAAUCUGGUAGCUGCCCCCACUUCUGCGGUCCUGGCAACGCUUGCUGCCGCUAUCGCUUUAGCGGACCAGCAGAAUGCAUGGGCAUUGGAUUUUGGCCAACCCUAUCCUUCCAUACCUGUGUGAUCUCCUCAGUUCCACCUCCUCCGGAUGCAUCAAGUACUGCAGACCUCCCAAAUCUACAGCCUGCUUCCACCGAGGACCAAAGCGGGCUGGCAAUGAAAGAUGACAACAGCAAGUCCAGGUAUAUGCCCCUCCUGCGGUCAUUGGCUCUCCCAAGCUCAGCGCCAAUGCUUGAGUUCUAUGUGUACAGAGCCAUGAGUGACUCCAGCUACCCAUUGGAGAAUGUGAAUGCUGCAAACGCUGCUGGCGUGAUGUGGUACCUUCACAAUGAGGUGAUCAUCUUCACUCCCCGGAAGUUUGGCAUCACUCGGAUCGUGCGCUUCAAAGUGCAGUACAAAGCUCCAGAACCCUUGUUCAAGAAAGGCAUGGACUUCGGUGUUCGCUACGCCUUUGACAGUGGCAAGUGCACAGGCCCUGGUGAUUGUGAAGCUGACUACAACAAGUAUGGCUACAAUGUUGGCUGCAAUUUGGUGUACCAAUUUCCCACCUCCCAGUUCGCCGAUGCCAAGUAUUACGGUGAUCCAACCUGGUAUAGUUUCCCUGGGCCUUGCUACACCAAGUCAUACAAGGAACACUCCGAAAAGUGUGUGGCAGAGCUGCCUGGUGGUGCAUGCCCGGGUGAACCAACCGGCAAAGGUGAUUGCACGUACCACUAUGAGCCAGCGGGUCAGGUUACUGUUGACGAAGUGGUUGGCAUCAAGGACUAUGGCGGCUUCAUGCGGGCAGGGGGCAAAGAGUAUGUCGCCGGCCUCGGCUAUGGCCAAACUCUUUGUCGAUAUCGGCCUUGGCUUUGUGACAAGGGGAUUGGCAUAGCCUUUUGGAACAACAAGCACAGUACUGCUGACAACAAGCGACGUGUCGAUCGGCUCCUGGAGACGUUCCAGCAGAAGUACCCGGAUUCGCCCGUUUUGGCCGAUGUGCCAUGCGACUUCAAUGAGUACCAUUUCUACCACUGA